GUUCUCAGAACUAUUGGAGAUGGUUCUGUCAGCUGGACUGCAGUGACGUUUUUAAAGCUGUAAGGGGAACCAUGUCUGAGGCGCUUUUAAGGAAAACGAUUAAUUGAUCAGACCCCAUGGUCCAUCUGAUGAAAUAUAGUUAAAAUAAAUGUAUCAGUCAUGUUUCCCCCAAACUAUGAUCAAGCAAGUCAAUCUGACAUUUUCAGCAGGAACGACUUUUUGAGCUGAUAGUUUUUUAUAUGGUGCUUUUCAGAUUUCAGCUUAAAUCAGAGAUUUAAAAAAAGAUGUAUAUAUAAAAAAAAAAAACAACAUUUCUGAAAACAUUUAUGUUUUCAUGGGGAUUUAUCAUCGAAAUCUAACUACCCCAAAUUUCCAGCUCGUGUGGCUCAUCUUAUUAGACGAUCUCUGCCGGCUUGAAAAUAGAUCCAGCUGGGUUUGGUCUGACCAUCAUCUUCCUCGUUGGCUAAUCUUUCCUCCAGGAAAAAACGGACUGUAUCCAUCGCUACCUGCAGGAUUUUCCGACACUUUCUCCUUUUAACGCGAGUUAAAACCUCCGAUCUGCGGGAAAUUGUCUGAGAUCCGUUGUCUGCUCUUUAUUUCUGCCUGUGAAGCCGAAGAGAGAUGUCUGUCGCGGGGUUGAAAAAGCAGUUCCAUAAAGCGACCCAGUUCUCACGAUGGCUACGCUGGGUGAUCCUGUUGGUGAGCUUGGAAUAAACCAUCUGAAUAUAAAGAACUUGUCCUCGUGGUGACUGACGGGAGCAACAGUGGGGAACUCCGCUGCUCCUUGUGAGAAGGAAGUGAACACAACCCAAGUCCAAGAAAGUUAGUGAGAAGGUUGGAGGAGCAGAAGGAACCAAGCUAGAUGAUGACUUCAAAGAAAUGGAAAAGAAGGUGGACACCACCAGCAGAGCAGUGCUGGACAUCAUGACCAAAACUACAGAGUACCUCCAGCCAAAUCCAGCAUCCAGAGCCAAGCUGAGUAUGAUCAAUACCAUGUCAAAGAUCCGCGGGCAGGAAAAGGGGCCCGGUUACCCGCAGGCUGAGACCAUUCUGGGAGACGCCAUGCUGAAGUUUGGACGGGACUUGGGAGAAGAGUCCUGCUUUGGACUGGCCCUGAUCGAUGCCGGCGAGGCGAUGAAGGAGCUCGGGGAGGUGAAAGAUGCUCUGGACAUGGAGGUCAAACAGAACUUCAUUGACCCACUGCAGAACCUCCAUGACAAAGAUCUAAAGGAGAUCCAGCAUCAUUUGAAGAAAAUGGAGGGCCGUCGUCUGGACUUUGACUACAAGAAGAAGCGUCAGGGAAAAGUCCAGGACGAUGAGAUCAAACAGGCCCUGGAGAAGUUUGACGAGAGCAAAGAGAUCGCCGAGCAGAGCAUGUUCAACCUGCUGGAGAGCGACAUAGAGCAGGUGAGCCAGCUGGCAGCGCUGGUCCAUGCCCAGUUGGAAUACCACAGCCGUUCUUCAGAAAUCCUCCAACAGCUCUCCAGCAAGAUGGAGGACAGGAUAAAAGAGGUGUCCGGUAAACCCAGGAAGGAGUACACUCCGAAACCCAAAAUGACUCUGGAGCUUCUCCCCCCCAGCGAGAGCCACAAUGGGGGGAUACACUCGGCCAAGUCACCAGGAAAAUCACCAGCACCGAUGGACCAGCCCUGCUGUCGAGCACUCUACGACUUCGAGCCAGAGAACGAAGGCGAGCUGGGCUUCAAGGAGGGCGACAUCAUCACUCUGACCAAUCAGAUCGAUGAGAACUGGUACGAGGGCAUGAUAAACGGCCAAUCAGGCUUCUUCCCCAUCAACUACGUGGAUAUUCUGGUCCCCCUGCCCCACUAGUUUCCAGUUACCCGCCCGAUCCUUCCCUCUCAACCAAUCCGGACACCCGUGAAACAGCCUGUAUUUGCAGAAACGACAAACCACGUCCUCCUUCUACUUCUUCUUCUGUGCUUCUGUGCAAUUCUGCUUUCACUAAACAGACUGAAAUGAGAGAGGCGCUGGACAAGACAAGACUUUUUAAAAAAGAUCAGGAGGAGAAGAGGGGAAAUAUAGCGUGAGUGGUGCUGUUAACAAGGACUGAAAGAGACGAGAAGAUGAUGUGAUGUUGGUCUGGUAAAGCAUGGUGCUUAGCCUGGCAGCAACGGACACCAACAAAGCUUUGGAGAACUGUGAAUACAGCACAGUGUAGUAUGUACGUGCAUGUGUGAAUGUGUGAAUGUGUGUUUCAACCUGUUCGAACUCCAUUAUGAAGAAGCCAGCACAAAUUCCUGCCCAUCAUUUACUGACCUGAUGGCUUUUUCCCUAUGUCUUUGCAUUCUCUCGAGGUGGCUCUGCAUUUUCUACGUUGACUUGCCUUCUUGUGCUUUUCUAUAGCCCUAGAUUCUCCAGCAGCCACCAGCAUUGUCCCUUUGUUCUGUGUUUCUAUCUUUAUCUCUGUCUUACUAGCACUGCCUGUUAGCAUGGCUCCAGAAUCUAUAGAGACGAGUCAGCCUCGUGUUCCAGAGAUACAGCUGUACAUCAGGCCUCCCUGUUGGUUUUGUUCUAGCUCUUCUUGUAACUAACUCUGCCUUUCUCUGAGUCUGUGUAGAUUUUUGGUUCAGUGGUUGUAUGCAUGGACCAGCCACAUCCAGGGUGAUUAGACACCUAGCUUUAAGGAGUGUAUAACAGGAAUAAAGCUGGUUUAAUGAUGA